AAUGCGAUGGUGACGAGUGAUCUACCGCUAACGGACAAAGAGUGAGCGAUCAUCCGAGCACCUAGCUGACAGUCCUGCUCGGGUUGGGGGUGUUAUUGGGCAGGAAUUGGAAGAGAAAUCGCGGUUUUUGUCGGCACCUGAUAUGAGAACGUGUGCGCUUCGGGAGACCGGUCUGUGGUGUUGAGUGACGGGCCGUGUAAAAGAGGACUGUAAGGAGGAAGAACCCCUUGUGGUGUGCGUGUAUGUGUGUGUGAGGCAAAGGCUUGUCCGUCAUGGGUGUGUUGGCCUGGCUGAAGAGCCAGUUCAUCUUGCAGCUCCUCAUCGGCUUCGUAUUCGUGGUCAGCGGCCUCAUUAUUAACUUCAUUCAGCUGUGUACCUGCGUGCUUUGGCCAAUCAACAAACAGCUCUACCGCAAGAUCAACACUCGCAUGUCCUAUUCGCUAUGGAGUCAGUUGGUGAUGCUUUUGGAGUGGUGGUCAGGAACGGAAUGCACACUCUAUACUGACCAAGCUACAGUGGAUAUGUUUGGAAAAGAGCACGUCAUCAUCAUCCUCAACCACAACUACGAAAUCGAUUUCCUGUGCGGCUGGACCAUGUGUGAGAGAUACGGUGUGCUAGGGAGUUCCAAGGUGCUGGCGAAACAGGAGCUGCUGAAAGUUCCCUUGAUUGGCUGGACCUGGUACUUCCUGGAGAUUGUUUUCUGCAAAAGAAAGUGGGAGGAGGACAAGGAGACGGUAUUUAGGGGGCUCAACCAGCUCAAGGAUUAUCCUGAGUACAUGUGGUUCCUGCUGUACUGUGAGGGAACACGAUUUACAGAGCAAAAACACCAGAUCAGCAUGCAGGUGGCUGAGAGUAAAGGUCUCCCCAAACUCAAAUACCACCUACUACCACGCACCAAAGGCUUCACCACCACACUGCAAUGCCUGAAGGGAACAGGUCUGUGACAUAGUGCUCCAUAUGACGUCACACUGAAUUUCAAAGACAAGGAGAACCCCACGCUGCUGGGCAUCAUCAACGGCAAAAAAUACAGAGCAGACAUGAGAAUCCGGCGUUUCCCAGUUGAGGAGAUCCCUGAUGAUGAAAAAGAGUGUGCUAACUGGCUUCACAAGCUCUAUCAGGAGAAGGAUGAAUUGCAAGAGUACUAUUUCAAGGAGGGAUGUUUUCCCGGACCAACUAUUAAGCCCAAACGGCGGUUAUGGACGCUGCUGAACUUUCUUUUCUGGGCGACACUGCUGCUCUCUCCACUCAUUAACUUCGCCUGGGACGUCUUUGUCAGUGGCUCACCGCUUCUCAUCAUCAGCUUCAUGAUCUUCCUCAUUAUUGCCUCUGUAGCUGUGCGGCGUCUCAUCGGCGUGACCGAGGUGAAGAAAACCGGCUCCAGCUAUGGAAAUGUUGAAUCCAAGAAAGAAAACUAGAACUUUCAGCUGGUCUGACUGCCCACGGCCACUGUUUCGCUCACUUUCACUGCUAGGGCAUGAAAUUGCCCGCCUGUGCAGUCGUCCUCCUUUUUAACAAAGAAAAAAAAACCAUCCAAGUGGGAGGGGAAAAAAAAUAAUAAAAAUGCCAACAUGGCAUUAAAGCAUGUGAGGGGUGGGUUGGGGAAUGUAGAUAAUUAUAAGUUUAUAAACUAGAGUAAUAAUUAUUAAUUAUGAUCAUUAAAAAGAGCAAAGUGUGAAGCAUUUGAGAUUAUCAUUUCCCUCGGCAGCCUGGACCGAGGUUGGCUGAGAGGUGGGCGUGGCAUCUCUGUCCUCUUCUGCUUACAGUAGCUUAUUCUCUCACUAGUUCAGGACCAGUUUCCUUCAAGGUUUCUACAGAGCCAUGUAAUGUGGAAUGUUUCCUUUUCCACCCCAUAGCUUGGUACUGCCCACUUCUGAUCUGUAACUAUUAUAUUAUCCUUGUGCAAGGCUCUGCAGCUCUUACUCUGUCCAGCUUUUAUAACUCAAGCUGUGAAAUGAUAUGACAUGAUCUAGUCUAUGUUUUGGGCAAAAGCGUAACUCAAAUAUUUCUUACUAAAACCUGAAAUGAUUUUUUUUUUUUUUUUUUUUUUUUUUAAUACUGAGUGUGUUUGUCUGAGGACAGCGAAGCACUGGCGACAAACAAGCCACUGCAUCGUAGUCUGAAAACUCUGGGAUGAGUCCUUGAUUGUGGUUAGAAUAACUGCAGGGUUUGAAUUUAAAACACAGGGUCCAGAAGAUAGCUACAAAUGAAAAGUGAAUCAGUCUGAUGCCUCAUGAGUUCUUUUAAAUUAUCACAUUUCAGGUGACUGAGUAUUCAGUUUCCAUUUCAUGUCAAAUCCACUUCUGUUAAAACCACUUGAUGAUUAGGAUCGCCUGAGGAAAUGUGACUAAACAAAUGAUUGGAUUUGAGUGUUAAAAUGUUGAAAAUGGUUUGGGUGGUUAAAAUAGUGAUACAGACCAUUUUCCUACAUUUUAGACUCAUUUUCUAGCUUAAUUCACAAAAAUGUGAAGUUGGAUAAGGGACAUAUGAACCAAGGUGUUCAGUUACUGUAGUUUACUCACUGUGACAAAUGGCUUUGUACACAUGCAAUUAAGAUUCAUCACAGGUUUUUUGGGGGUUAUUUUUAGUUAUUUUUAGGGUUAGUUGUUGUUUUUGGGGUUUUUUUUGUAAAUAAACAUCCUGGGCGUUCUACAAUAUAUUUCCUAACAGAAUUUAGCAAUAUUAAUGAACAAUUAAUGGUUUGAUGGAAGAAAGUAAAAAUUUUAUUCAAUUAC